AGCCCCUCAAGAGUCGACAUAAGGACUCUGCCAUGAGGUCAGUGAAUGUGUCGGAGGAACUUUAAACUUUACUGACGUGCAUCUCUGAUGAGCAGAUUGUUCUCUGUGACUAGUGACAUUCCUGUCUCUCUUUCUCCGAGAACUUAACCCCGAAUACCUGGAUCUUAUCUCGGAGUGAAUGUUUCAAGACUCACUUUUUUCAUGACAGCUGUGCAAGUCUUUUGGAUUUAAACGUAAUUUUUAAGCAAAAACACCAACAACAACAAAAGGAAAAAAUAACAACAAAAAACAAAACAAAACAAAGGAGAACCCGGAAGCAAAGGUUCAGACCAUCAGCGCAGUGAGAACGGGAAUUUCCGCACGAUGUCUGAUACGACUGAUUCUCCGAGUGGCCAGCCGGAAGCUGUCGAGGAGUGCGCCCCAAAUGCAGGAGCCACGCCCCUUCCGGUAGAAGGUGAGGAGCAAACGAUACAAGAGACAGAGGAGUCAACCGACAGAACAACAGAGCGGGAGGGGGAGGGAACUACGACAAUGCAGGUUACAGACCAGCAGGCCCAGAGACUAGCGGUCAGCAGAAUGUCCCACUGACCAUCAACCAGCUUGCCAUAGUUGCCAGUGCUCAAAACAAAUUGCCUGUCAGUAAGGUAAAGGGCAUCGUCCUGAGGGUCGGCCGGCACACAGAGUCCAGCCUGCAAAAGUCCGGCAAGUGGUACAAGAACGAGAACUACGUGGACAAGAACACGUACUCGUGGAAGAACAUGCCGUUGUUCGAGGAGUACCAGCGCCACCUGUGGACGCCCGCCGGCACCGUGAGGGACUCCUACAAGAAAUGAAGCUCUUCGUCUGUCUGCGGAAGUGAGACGUACUUCUGGUUUUCCGCUGUUGGGAUGGUGAAAGUGUGGAGAGGACGUUUCGUUUUUAAAAAAAAUAAAGAAUGUGAAUUCUUUUGUUUAAAAAAAAGGGGGAGGGGGAGGGAGGAGAUAAGCUUCUCAUGUUAUGAUGCGAUUUAAAAAGCACUUGAUUUUUUGGGAAAUAUUUUUUAUUUUUCAAAUAAUGGAACCCCUUUAUUAAUUCUCCUCGUUUUCGGAUGAAAGCUUUAUUUUUUGGAAAAAUCAUUGGUAUAACUUUUUAAGUUUUGUUUCUGACGGAUCCUUUCUCAUAUUAAUUAUUGUUCUGUAUUACUUUGUUUUCUGAUGAUACAUUCUGUGACUUCGUGAUUGUUUUCUUAACUCCUAAAGGAAAUACAAGCUGGUGUCGUGAAGACUGUGUGUUUAUGAUGAGACAAAAAAUGGGGGACAUCCGUUCCCACCGUUCUUUGUUGGUUUGUUGAGUUAUUUCAGUAUUUCUUCAUUACCAUCCAGACGGGAGAUGGCUGGGGGUGCUGCUGUCUCGAGGAACACAGUUUGAUACAAGUUAUGCACAAUGCCACGAAUUUCAUGCACAAUAAAAGUGUCUGAAAAUUAGUAUAA